AUGAGCGCCAAAUGCGGUGUCACGAACUGCUCGUCCAAACGCAAGUACCGACCCCACCUCAAGGAAGUCAAGCGCGGCAAGAUAAAGGCCAAGUUCGGGCCGUACGAGGACAGCCGCGACGAAGCACUGCUCGCCGGCAGCGUUCUGUUUGGAGCCGCGUGGGCUGAGAUCGAGGCCGCUGUCCGCGAGCACAAGGUGCACCGCUCGAUCCAUGACACAAAUCGCCGCACCAUCAACGCGCCUCUUCCGGAGCUGCAGAUUUACUAUUUGUAA